AUGUUCGUCGUAAACAGAGCCUCAACCGCGACAAGCUGGACCUCGCUAGUCCUCUGGCUUUCAUUCUGCUUCAGUGGCACAUACGCAGCCGCUACUGCAGGACUUGUCCCGCGCGUCGACCUCAGGUCGGUUCUGACGAAUCAGAAGUGGUCUGCCGACACGACCAUCUCCUUCGCCGGCUCCCCGGAGUUCUACAACGUCACCGAGCGAUGGACUACGUUCAGCGCCCCAACUUACAGCGCUGCUAUCAGCCCGGCUACGGAAGACGAUGUUGCGAAAAUUGUAAAACUUGCGAAAUCUCACAAGAUCCCAUUUCUUGCUACGGGGGGGCGUCAUGGAUACACAACCACCCUUGGGGAUCUCCACGAUGGCCUGGCUAUAGAUCUUAGCGGCUUCAAGUCGCUUCACGUAGAUGCAACUGCUCAGACUGUAACGGUUGGUCCUGGUAUACGGGUGGGGGAUAUUUUUGAACCGUUAUAUAAAGCCGGAUUCGACCUUCAAACUGGAAGUUCUUCCUGUCCCAGUCUCAUCGGCGUAACACUCGGCGGCGGUGUUGGACGUUACCAGGGUGUUUAUGGCUUGAUCACAGACGCGCUAGUUUCCGUGAGGCUAGUUACAGCCAAGGGCGACAUUAUUGAAGUGUCCAAGAAGUCUCACUCUGAUCUAUUUUGGGGCAUUCGCGGAGCGGGUGCGAACUUCGGCAUCAUCCUAUCCGCUACUUACAAGGUCCAUCCGCUGACUGACGGCGGCGAUGUUUUCACCGUCGAGUAUAUCAUUCCAGCAGAGAAGAGCUCUACAUACUUCAAGACGAUAGAGUCUAUGAGUCCUCUACCUGCGGAACUGGCCUCAAUCAUGCUUAUAAAUUCUAACAGUACUACGAACAAGACACAAGUCCAGGCCCAAUGGACGUAUAAGGGGCGCGAAGACAAAGCCCGUAAAGCCCUAGCCCCCAUCCUCGACCUCGGCCUCGAUACCACCCGAAUGGCCAACGUCCCUUGGAACGAGCUCGUCGUCAGCGCGUUUGGGAACAUUAUGGAUUCCAUCUGCCGAGCGAACAUCACGCGCGACCUGUACAGCUGGAACAUGAAGAACUACUCCGCGUCUACGUACUCCGCGUCGUUCGCGAAGAUGGAUAAUUACUUCGCCAAAUACCCCGGCGCGCGCAGCAGCAUUCUCCAGUUCGAGUUCUUCCCCAACCAAGCCAUGGCAGCGGUGCCACGCGACGAGACGGCGUUUCCUUGGAGGGACACAACGGGGUAUAUAAACUUCAACAUGCUAUUCGACGACAGAGACGACGCGACACAGAACGCCUCCAUCGCGCUCGGGCUGGAGCUGCGGGGCGAUCUCGUAGCCACGUCCGGGUAUCCGGAGCUCACGGUGUUCGUCAACUACGCCCACGGCGACGAGACGCUGGAGCAGAUCUACGGCAAGGACAAGCUAGGCCGCCUGGCGAAAUUGAAGAAGGCCUGGGAUCCGGAUCACAUGUUCAGUUUCAAUAACGGGCUGCCGACUCGGUAUCCCUAA